CACACAAAGGAGACACACACACACACUCACCAACACACACAGACAGAGAUCAGGUUCAAGUGUUAAGUAGCAACCACAGUCCGUCCUCUCAGUGUCGUUUAUCACCUCCUGUCUGCCAUCAGUCUCCACAAACACACACACACACAGAAACACACCAGUCUCUCUCAGGACGGCCGGCUGCUGCCUCUGCACCCCGGACUGAGACCAGGCAUGAUCAGCCGGCGGCCUCACACGGCUCCCAGCACACACACCUCCACCAGAGGAUGGAAGGGUGGAGGAGGGAAGCAGGCAUGGCUCCACACAAAUAAAGGUUGGCAGCUUACCUUUCAGCCGGUGGAGCCUCUGAUCUCUGACAGACUGGAGGACAUAAAGUCGGCCUUCAGGGCGGUGGAUCCUCGUCUGACAGGACAUGUGAGCAAAGAGGAGUUCAGACGAGUCCUCCGACCUGACCAGAACCGGCUCCAAACUGUGGUCAACCAGGUGUGUGAGAGCAGUGCUGAAACAGUCGACUACCUGCAGUUUCUCAGGAGUUUCAGUCGAGCUCCGGCCGCCUGCAGAGCCUCUGGCAGUCGCUGCAGUGUGAGGUGUGGUCCACAGAAGUCUCCCAUGUCUGUGUCUGAGAUUGAGAAGCAUCUCAAAGAAAAGAUCGGAGGCAACCUGAGGAACAUGAUCAGAGUGUUUCGCCUGUUUGAUUACAACCGAGGAGGACACAUCCAGCUGCAAGAGUUUCGCCGCAUCCUGGACAACUACUGCAUCCGCCUGUCGGAUAAGGAGUUUCAGAGGUUGUGGAAUCACUACACUGCCAAGAACAGCUCCACCAUCUCUUAUGAGCUGUUCCUGGAGAAGCUGGGUUUUGGUGACAGCCAUAACUUCAGGAUCUCUCCAGUCUGCACUAAGCUAGAGGUUUGCAGCAGAGGGAAAACACCUCCUGAGCAGAUCAAACAGAGGAAGCAGAGACCAGCAGACCCAUCGGUCCUUCCUCACAGAGAGCUGCAGACUCUGUUCUUCGACAAGAUGUGUAUGAACUCCACCUCCGUGUGGCGGGCGCUGCAGGCCUUCGACGCCACCCGCUCCGGACUGGUAACACAAGAAGUCCUCAGGGCCGUGCUCAGCAGCUUUGUAUUUCCCAUGAGCCCUCACUCCUUCCAGAAGCUGACCAGCCGCUAUGGAGGUAGAGAAAAAGGAGGGGUGAGGUGGAAACAGUUCUUGGGCCACUUCAUGAACCCGGUCAAAGAAGAUGAGGACACAAAUGAUCACACUGACAGGGUUUCAGAGCCGCCUGCACAGGAUAAAGAUAACUUGCUUUUCCAGGAUAUUUACCCUCAGCUGAAGGAGAUCUUCCAUCUGCUGGACCAGAGGCAGGCAGAUUGGAUCACUCGUGCAGACCUGAGGAUUUUCCUGCAGAAACCAGGUGAGACCAAAAACCUCCUUCCUCGCCUUGGACCUCCACAGAUCAUAGAGCUGCUCCAGGUGCUGGACCCUGAACACACCGGGGUCAUCCAGAAAGCUAACGUGGAGAAGCUGAACCCCAACAUAACGCCUGGUUCAACAGUCAACGCAGCAACACCGCCCGUCAGUCCAAACACUGACGAGACUGACCGUGAGCUGAAAUCCUCGGAUGAGAUACCGACCACACAGAGCGAUGAUAACAUGCACGUGGCUUCUGCUUCACAGAGAACAGUGGAGGAUGUGCUGCAGGAGAAGCUGUGUGAGCAGCAACUCGGAGCAGCGCUGGAGGCUCUGAAGCUGUGUGACCCUGAGCUCCGUGGAAACGUCACACGAGAAGAUCUGAAGACGGUCUUAAGCUGCUGUGGCAUCUCAGACACACACUUCAACAAGCCAGCUACAUCACCUCAGUGCAUGCUGAAGUCAGAUCGACAUUCUCCGCCACUUCCCUCCAACCUGAAACCUGCUCAAAGCACCUGCAGCAUCCUGGACGUAGUUUUCCAGGCGAUGAAGGUGAGAUUGGAGGAAAGACAGAGCAGACUGGCCGAUAGAGUCCAGGCAGUCACGCAAAGAUCUGAAGAGACGCUGUCGGAGAGAGACGUCAGGAAGGUCUUAGAGGACAGCUCGGUCAUCCUGGAUGACAAAGAUUUCAGUAAGUUCAUCGGCCUGCUCGGCUUCAGAGAUAGACGGAUCGAGAGCUCGUCAUUCCUGCAGAAAUACAAUGAGUUCACAGACGGACGCACAUGGACAAGCUGUGAGGGUCGAGGAGACGAGGGGGAGGUCGACCGCCUGCUGACUACAGCCGAGCAGUGCAUGGCCGCAAUGAAGACCAGGAUCAAAAGCAUCCACGGGGAUUACCUGAUGGCGUUUCGUCUCAUGGACACAAAGCAUAAAGGCAUGGUCGACCGCCAUGACUUCAAAGAUCUCUACGACAGUCUGGGUUUUUUUUGCAGGGAGCCCGAACACGAGCGGCUGCUGGAUCUGAUCGGCCUUCAUCCCGGUGGAAACCUGAACUACGCUGAGUUUGUGGAUGUUGUGGAAAAUAAAGGCAAACAGAAACCACAGCCUGAUGCAGCGAGAGUGCAGCAGCAGCUCCAUGAACUCCUGUCCUCUGAGGUGCGCUGCAAAUGGGCCGACGUGUCGAAGGUGCUGUGUCCGUUUGACUCGGAUGCUCAGGGUUGGAUCCAUAAAAACAGUCUGAGGACACUCCUCUUCACCUACUCUCUUCCUCUCACAUCCGAUCAGUUUGACCGGCUCUGGCUGAGGUAUGACCCGGAGCAGCGAGGCCGUGUGGUGGUUCGUGACUUCAUGGAGAAGCUCGGGUUACAACAGGACCAGAAGAGACCAGAGAUCUCUGAUGCUGCCUCAUGGGAGACCAAAGAGGACUUCAUGUCUGCGUUUGAGAAUCAAUCAGAGAAGAAGAAGAAGAGUGGGCAUCCUCCUGUCACCCCUGAUGCUCUACGUCACAUCCAGUCUUUGGACGACCUGAGUCCUGCAGCAGCUCUGGCUCGGAUGCGAGAUCUGGUCUCUGCCUCGGCAUCUGAUCUGUACAAGGCGUUCUCAGCCUUUGACCAGAGCAGGACGGGGGCGGUCACCGCUCUGCAGUUUCGUCAGGUGUUGGAGAACUUCUGUGCUUGUCUGUCGGACAAACAGUACAGAUACAUGCUAAGCAAAGUGGAGCUGGACUGUGAGAGCUGCUCUGUGAACUGGGAGGACUUCCUCAACAAGUUUACGUCACACAGCCCAACGAUGUCGGCGGAGAUUAAAUGUAAAACCAGAUCACCUCUCCGGACUCCUGACAUCCAGAAGGACGUCUCAGAUCACCUGUAUGAAAUCACCAAGGAGCUCCUGGACCUGGACUCCUCUGCCCUCUCCGAAGAGCGGCUCAGACUUCUUUGUGAUCCACACAGCCGGAGUCUCACGGACGAUCAGUUGGAGUGUGUGCAGAGUCAGACGCCAGUGAACAAGCAGAAGAAGCCACAGUACAGAGAGUUUCUGAAACGUUUUCGUGCUCGCAGCGUGACCCCCCACAGUCUCCCUGAGCCCAGAGGAUCCGUCUCUGCAGGUGCCGUCCUGCAGCGAACACAGUCUGCCCUCCGGUGCUCCUCCAGGCGUCCUGCCCCGGCGGGGAGGCCGGGAACAGUAAGCCCGCCGGGCAGCGUGGAGAGGAGGCUUCGCGGGGCGGUGCAGCGCUGCUGGAAGGAGAUCCAGAGGAGCUGCAGAGAGGAGGACCCUCAGGAUGAGGGACUCAUCAGCACUGCCUGCUUCCUGAGGAUCCUUCAGUCCCUCAGCAUCAGUGUGACUCAGGAGCAGUUUGAGCACCUGGCUGUGAAGUUUGACAUCAUGAGUAAUGGCUGUGUUUCGUAUCAUGACUUCCUGCGACACUUUCUCCUGAACCUGAAACCAGCUGAGACCGAGACGGUGAUCAGGCGGAGAAAACUCCCUCUGCCUACACAGGUUCAGAUGAGUCGGGGUGUCCUCAGCAGAUCCUGCAUAGACGCCAUGCUGAGGAUCUACGAUGUGGUCCACUCAUCCUGGACCUCCAUCAGACGCUGCUUCCUGACAUCUGAUCGAGCCCACACAGGAAAUGUCUCCACACAGGACUUCAGGAAGGUGCUGCGCCACUUCAGCGUGGAUCUAUCGGAGGAGGAGUUCUUCCACCUCAGCUCUUAUUUUGACGCUGACACCAAGGGAAAGAUAUGCUACAACAACUUCCUGUGGACGUUCCUGCACUGACCCUCUGAAAACCUGAUAACAGGCGAAAGCUUUAAGUGGCUUCUGCAUUUUUACAUUUAAUGACUGAAUACUUAAUUAUCUUUAACAUUAAAUACUCACUGAACAACA